AUGGUUACAUCAUUACUACGUUUCAGUUUACAACCUACCGAGAGCCUGCACCGCAGCGAGUCGAUGUUGUCACUGGCGUGCUUCAGGACGCUCGCGCAGCUUGUCAAUAGCGAUAGCCCUGGCGAACUGCAACAGUAUCUUGCCUCUAACAAGAAUGUUAACAUCGAUGAUAAAGACGAGAAUGGCACGACGGCCCUUAUGCUGGCAUCGGAAAAUGGUCGCGCGGCUGCGGCGCGAUUGCUCUUGGGGGCCGGUGCGGAUUCAAAUGCUGCAGAUACCGACGGCUGGACCCCACUGGCAUUCGCGUCACGAGGUGGUCACCUCGCCAUUGCUAGGGACUUAUUAGAUGCUGGUGCAAAAGUAGACUCAAGGGACUGUGGCGGUUGGUCUCCGUUGCUCUGGGCAUCAUACAAGGGCCAUGAAGAGGUUGUGACGUUGCUACUAGAAAAAGGGGCAGAUGUGCAUGCACAUGGACAUUACAAUAUCAAUUCAUUAGUAUGGGCAGCAGGCCGCAAGCACAGUGUUGUAGUGCAGCGUCUUCUGUUGGCCGGUGCUCGCCCCAACUCAUGCGACAAGUACGCAACUUCGGCCUUGACGUGGGCGGCACGAGCUGGUGACGUCAUAGCUUGCAGCGCGUUACUUCGUGCUGGUGCUGAUCCGAACACUGCUGGAAUGUAUUGUUGGACCCCAUUGCUGCAAGCUACACACGGUAAUCACUUCGAAAUUGUACAGAUGCUCCUAGAACACAAACCGAAUGUUAACGCAUUAGAUAAGGAUGGCUACACAGCGCUCGCCAUUGCAUGUAAAGAAGGAUAUUACGAUAUAGCUUUGGCACUUAUUAACUCCGGCGCUUAUAUUAACGUUCAGGACCAAUCAAAAGAUACCCCGCUCAUUCACGCAGUAAAAGGUGGACACAAAAAUAUCGUAGAAGCAUUAUUGAAAAAGCAUGUAGAUGUUGACCUUCCAGGCAAGGAAAAGAAAACCCCCGUAUACACAGCAGUAGAAAAAGGACAUGUGGCGAUACUGAAACUAUUGCUGGCUUCCAAUCCUGAUUUAGAACAUAGUACAAUUACAGGAGACACGCCCUUGAUGCGGGCUGUGAGAUCUCGUAAUGCUGAAAUGGUGCAACUCUUAUUAGAAAGAAAAGCGCGUGUCAAUGUAGCAGACAGUCGGGGGGACACUGCGCUACACAUUGCAAUGCGGGCACGCUCGAAGCAAAUUGUUGAAAUUCUCCUACGUAAUCCUAAGCACAGCCAGUUACUGUACAAGCCGAAUAAAAUGAACGAAACACCUUAUAAUAUCGACAUGAGUUACAACAAAACGAUACUGGGACAAAUCUUCGGCGCUCGUAAACUAAAUACCAAUGAAGACAACGAGAACAUGUUAGGAUACGAAUUGUAUAGCGCGGCGUUGGCCGACAUGUUGUCCGAACCGAGCUUAUCAGUUCCCAUUACUGUGGGACUGUUCGCACGAUGGGGAUCAGGGAAGUCUUUUUUGCUCAAUAAACUUAAAGAGGAGAUGAAGAAUUUCGCUCGUCAGUGGAGCGAGUCGGGCUGGGCGUGGUCGUGGGCGGUGUCGUGGGCGGCGUGGCACGUGGCCUUCUUCGUGGCGGCGCUCAGCGCAGUCGCGGGCGUGCCGGCCUACGUCGCGGUCGGCAUCGGCUUUGCGCUCUUCGCCACCCUCUACAUAGCGCUCUAUGUAUUGUGGUACACAGGGGAUAGGUAUGAAUGGUGGUGGGCGGGCGGCUUGACAUCGGCCCUAGGCCGUAAGUUCAGUUCUUUACUACUAGCUCUACAAGUUGUGUUCUGUCAUCCGCCAGGCCCUAAUGAUCCAAGGGCGCUACCCUCUACACCUAUAAGGUUUCAUUUUACGGAAGGUAUGAAGAGCGGUGUUGGGCAGGAAGGUGAGGCGAUGGUGGUGCAAAUGAUCGCAAGUCUCGCUGAAGCUAUCGAAUGUCAGUACGGGCGUAUCUGCACCAGGCUCGCGAGGGCCUUCCGACCUAAACCUUUGGCUUCCACUUCGGGAUGGAAGUGGCGUCGGGUUUGCUGCAUUCCUCAUAUAUUAACAUUCGAACUGUGUUUCACAUGUAUUGUGAUUGGUGUGUGCGUACUCAUCAUGUAUUUAAUUGAGACCGAUCCUGAUCCUGAAAAUCAGCGGCGUGAAAUCCAACAGGGGCUGAUGAUAGGCGCGUGCGCAGUGGGCGGCGCCGCGCUGCUCGCCAACCUGUACACGUGCGGGCGCGUGCUCGCCGCGCUGGCGCUGGGCCCCCGCGCGCGACUCGCCCGUGCCACGCGCUCGCGCGCUCACGCCAGCGCGCCCACGCUCGCGCUCCGCCCCGAGGUGCAGGCGCUCACGCACGUCGUGUCAUCUCUCGACGCUUUCACCGGUCAACAAACACGUCUAGUGGUAGUCGUCGAUGCCCUGGACAGUUGCGAACAAGAGAAGGUGCUAGCGCUGCUCAACGCCGUCUACGCGUUGUGUUCAGACGCCAAGAGUCCGUUCAUAUUACUUCUUGCAAUAGACCCACAUAUUAUAAGCAAGGCAGUGGAGAUAAACAGUCGUCGCGCGUUCUCCGAGAGCAACAUCGGUGGGUGGGACUUUCUGCGCAACAUGGUGCAGCUGCCUUUCUACCUACAAAACUCAGCACUACGCAGAGUAAAGACUGCUCAACAAACUGCCACGAGAAGGAUUCAGGCACUCGCUGCUGAUGACUUUUCUACCUCGUUGCAGAGAUCCGUGUCUGCGCGCCGCCUAUCUUCAACAUCAGAACUAAUGUCGAGCCAAGAGCGUAUCAAGGGCCAAGCGGCUCGCGAGCGUCGCCUGCGGCCGUCGGAGUCCGUCGCCUCGUCCGUAGCGUCGGGGCUGCACCGCGGGGCCGCCGGCGCGAGCGGCGCGGGCGCAGCUGACCUGGGCCGGGUCUUGUUGACUGACGACUACUUCAGCGACGUUAACCCUACUAGCAUGAGACGACUUAUGAACGUACUAUAUAUAACAGGUCGUCUUCUGAAGGCAUUCCAAAUUGAGUUUAAUUGGUAUCAACUAGCAUCUUGGGUGAACUUAACAGAACAAUGGCCUUUUCGCACUUCUUGGAUUAUCUACCAUCACGAAACGUAUGAAGAACAUAUUGAUGAUUCAACUUCAUUAAAAAAUAUUUAUGAAAAAGUUAGGCCGCUAAUGCAUGGCCUUCGAGAGGCGAGCACCCUAAUGGAGUUGGACCGAGAUGAACGCAAGUUGGAAGUGUUUCUAAACUUCCAUCGCUCUACGCUAACCGCCGCAGAUCUCAAGAUAUUCUUGCCUUUCACUAUCAACUUGGACCCGUACAUAAAGAAGGUUAUUAAAGAAGAGCAACAUCAAGCAGGUGUGGAAGAAGAUUUUGGUGCAGGAGGAGCAGUAUCAGGUGCCAUGUUUGGUAACCAACAGCAUAGACAACCACACUCCAAGUUAUUUCAAAGGAAACAUCGCUCGCCGCAGCCGCCAGGUACGAUGCCUGCACAACAAAUGUGGGUAGGUUGGGCUAACGCAGGAAGCAGUGGGUAUAUGCCACAACCUAUUCAGACACAGCAGUUCGCUCAACAACACCAACAGUCCCAGUUUCAACCGCAACAGCAACAAUUUCAACAGUCGCAGCAACUGGUGCAAGCACAGAAUCCGUAUAACAUGCUGCGUCUGGCUUUCCCUUCUAUGGGUGACGUGACCAACAUUCGCCUGUCGACGCUGAGCGUGGAGCGCGCGAGUGACGUGGUGCGCGCGGCGCUGGGCGCGGGCGCCGGGCCCGCCUGCGCCGCGCUCGCGCGCCACCGCGUGUGCGGCCUCGUGCUCGCCGUGUGCCGCCUCGACGACCUGGAGCCGAUCCUAGAAUUGCCUUUCGGCGACUGGGAGUUAUUCAAAUUGCUCAUUGUCAAUCUACGCGAGCUCGAAGCCAACAUGCCAACUAGUGCUCCCACCGUAACAGUUUUAACGGAAAAACCAGCUGAAGUGGAAUUGGAUUCGACUAAACCCAGACCUGCAAUGGAGCAUCAACGCAGUCGACCAUCGAAUGUUGAGAAGCAGGUAACAUUGGAGGAGCAAAUGAUCUGCGGAGCACUGCAGACACUCAACGAGGAGGCGCUAGAGGACGUGCUACAGUCGGAGCCCCCCUCCCACCCAGACGAGGAGAGCACGCUGCAAGUGCAGACCGUGGGCUUCGGGUCGCGGAGCGCCACACCAGCCGGCAGCCCGCGCCCCUCGCGCCGCGACCCCUCCAUCCUCAAGGGCGGUGGCUCUUUCCGCUCGCGCCGCGCCACGGGCGACCCGCCCGCUGUCACUUUCAACGUCGAGAACGAACAGGACUCUGACGACGACGGCCACAUCACUUUCAGCGCCGCGCCCCGCCGCUCCCGCCCCUCGUCGCUGCUCGUGGCGCCCGAGGACGCGCCCGUCAUCCCGCCGCUCAGCGCGCGCUCGCACUCCGUCGAAGACUCCACGCGUUCCACUUCACCGAUCCUCGAUAUCAAACUUCGUGGCCUUCGCCGUACCGCAGAGAUCCUCCGCAAAGUCAGCUCCGCGGAGCGGUUGACGCGGCUGCGCGACAAGAUCAUGUCGCGCGGGGGCGGCUCUCGCGAGCGCAGCCCGCCGCGAGACGAACCCAGCGACGAUGAAUCGGUGCCGCUCGUGUCGCCGCCCGGUACGAAGGCGCCGUUGACGGUUGUGACUCAUCCCUCCUCUUCGUCUCCGCUCUCUGACGCUUCGACGAUCGCGGGAGGGGGCGAGGCGGGCGAAUCGAGUCCCGGAGACGCGACCCUGAGCGCGGAGCUGUCGCCGCGCUCCGACAUGACGGAGCUAGAUUCGCCGCGAGACACGGGUGCCGCCUUCGACCUGAUGCCGGCCGGCAAGACCGACGAGCGCUCGACAUCGAACGCGCGUCCGCAGCGUUCGGACAGCGACGUGUCGGUGUCCAAUAUGAUGGAGCCGUACAACAUGCGGCUGCUGGCGCACGGUACGUCGGACGGCAGCCGGGGGCUGUGGCGGCAGGACGCGUUGGACUCGGACCCGCCUUGGCCGUGGGACGAGCCCGACUCUGCCGUGUGA